AAAAAUAUUAUUGUAACAAAAAUAACUUAAGAUGCGUGCGUUACGCUGUCUAAUAUUUGUAAUUUUUGGAGUCCUGCUGGCUAGAAACGCCGUGGCUGAAGAAUAUAAAUCAAAGGAUGAAAAGGAUCCACAGCAACAUCUACCUGAUGAAGUAAAAGGCUUGGAUGAAUCUAUUGAACGGAUACGUCGUCAGAUUGGAGCCUUUGGAGUGGGCAUUGGAGUUUUUGGGGCACGACAUGUUGGACCAAUUGGUAAUCCCUAUUAUGGCGGUCCAUAUGGUAAUCCAUACUUCGGACAACCCUAUGGCAAUUACUUUCAUGAUCGUCGAUUUGGAGGAGGCUUUGCUGGAAAUUUCUACGGUCGCUGAGGCACAUAGAUUGCUUUGGCAGCCAAUGUCGACUUAAUAAAGUUAAACAUUAAAAAGUAUGAGCCCAAUGGGAUGAAAGGGUUGAUGGGCAGCGGGGAUUUGGCCCAAGGGCACCGCUGAAAUUAUAAAAAUUUCAUUUCAAAUCACGUUGAGUGACAUGCAGACUGAGCACAGGACAAGAAAACUUAAUCAGCGAUGUUAACGAUGUCAGGCUGCGGGAAACAGGAUGUCAUUUUGUACCAUCAAAUGGCUCCAUUCCGGGUCGCGUACUCGUAUUUAAUUCCGUUCCCUAUUUUCUGUUCUUUCUUCUUUCUUUUUUCUUUUUUUUUUUGUAUUUUCUAAUUCAUAUGCGUUUCAAGUUUUAAUUACGUGGGAAAAAAGCGAAUGAACAAACGAGCGGGUGCCAUCCAGGGAGCAAAGCCAGGACCACGGCCAGGAUUUCUUCUGGCUUCGUUUGGCUUGACUGACAGACAGCUGCAGAGCAGCAGAGCAGUAGAGCAGCAGAACAUGAAAAUAACAAAAUACGCCCAAUCAGGCCAGCCAGCAAGGAAUCCAGACGAUGUACAGAGGGCAGACCGACGCUCAGACCUAGAGACAGACAGCCCCAGACCCGCAAAAAAGGGCAAAAAAAUUAAGUAGCGAAAUCAGCGGGUAAAAAAAAGAGCAAAACAGAAGGAACCGGAGCCCCCAAAACAACACAAAUAAAACAGGAUAAAGGCGUUGCAUGCCAAGGAUAAUCCGUGCAGCGCUCGUACAAAGACGAAACUCGCGGCUGACAGGGGCGGAAGAAAAAUGGUAGCACGCAAAAAUUGUGAACUCACUUGACGUGGCUCAUUC